AUGGGACUCAUUGGAAAGACGUCGCAUGUCGACACGAAAGACGAGCAAAUUCGCGACUCGGACCAUGCUGAGCAGAAGGGUGCUGCCGACCACAUCAAGCAUCCUUUCUCUGACCUGAGGCAGAAGCUGAAGGAGUCAUCGCUGUACGACAUUAAGGUCAAGGCCAUCCAUGCGAAACACAAAAUCGGCAAGUGGCAGAACCUAGUCAAUCCCAACCACCGUCACGACGAAGAGCACGAAAAGGCAACCGAUGAGAAGAGAACGAGAAUUGGCGAAGGUCAUCGCUUUGAGAGUUUCGCUCCCGAGAGAGACGGAAACAAGAUAAAAUGGUACAUUGACGGCCGUGACUACUUCCAUGCCGUCUCGGUCGCACUUGAAAGAGCAAAGGAAACCAUCUACAUUGAGGACUGGUGGCUGUCCCCCGAACUCUUCUUGCGCAGACCCCCAUUCACCACCCAGGAUUGGCGUCUGGACCACGUCUUGAAGCGUGCGGCCGAACGUGGUGUUCAGAUCUAUAUCAUUGUCUACAAAGAGGUGAAUCAAGCUCUUACUUGUAACUCGGCACAUACCAAGCGUGCCCUUCGUGCUCUUUGCCCCGAAGGCACUCCUGGCCAUGGCAACAUCCAUCUCUGGGCGCACCACGAAAAGUUCAUCGUUAUCGACUUCGAUCUUGCCUUCAUCGGAGGCCUGGAUCUUUGCUUCGGUCGCUGGGAUCAAAUGCAGCAUCCACUGGCUGAUGCUCACCCCGCCGGUGUCGAGGAAGAAAUCUUCCCUGGACAGGACUUCAACAACAACAGAAUCAUGGAUUUCCAAAACGUCCAAGAUUGGAAGAGCAACGAACUGAGCAAGGCCGAUUAUGGACGCAUGCCAUGGCAUGAUGUGGCCAUGGGCGUCAUCGGACCUUGCGUUUAUGAUAUCGCCGAGCAUUUCCAGUUGCGCUGGAACUUUGUCAAGCGUGACAAGUACAAGCGUGACGAACGUUUCGACUGGCUUACUCUCGAGGGCCGCGAAGGCGAAGAUGAGGAUCUGAUUGCAGUCCAAAGGCCUAAGCAUCCUGUUGGAGAGUACAUUCACCACCCAAUCUCGCCCAUAAACGUCAAGACUGGUAGACCGGACCCCAGUAAUGUCCAAGGUAGUGUUCACGCACAGAUUGUGCGGAGCAGUGCCGAUUGGUCAAGUGGUAUUUUGACCGAGCACAGCAUCCAGAAUGCAUACUGUGAGAUUAUUCGAAACGCUCAGCACCUUGUUUACAUUGAGAACCAGUUCUUCAUCACUUCAACUGGUGAAGAACAAGCACCCAUCCACAAUCAGAUUGGUAAGGCUAUCGUGGAUGCUUGUGUCAGAGCAGGCAAGGAAGGCCGCAAGUUCAGAGUCAUCAUCGUUAUUCCGGCUAUUCCUGGAUUUGCUGGUGAUCUCAGAGACAAUGCUGCUGCCGGAACCAGAGCCAUCAUGGACUAUCAAUACAAGUCCAUCAACAGGGGCGAACACUCUAUCUUCGGUCAAAUCAGGAAACAAGGUGUAGAGCCCGAGAACCACGUCUUCGUCUUCAACCUUCGCUCAUACGAUCGACUCAACAAGACCCCGGCGAUGAAGAGGAUGGAAGACGAGUCUGGUGUUACUUACCAAGAAGUUCAACGUGCUCAAGCUGAGGAAAUCAUGUCAUCAGGUGUGCAUGGUGGCGCUGAGUCAUCCUCCUCAGACGAGGGUGAAUCUGAGGAUGAUGAGAAAGAGCACUACUCGAGCCGCAAGAAGAAGUUCGAGGCCCGUAGAGCGGCAGCUGGACUUAAGAAAGAUCAGAUCAUCAGUGAAGACAGUGUGGCUAAGAACGCUAUGUUGGGCGAGAAGAAGGUUAGCGAAGAAAAGUGGGAUGAGAAUGAUCUGGAACAGGAAAAGGCAAAUUGGGUACAGGAAGAGCUUUACGUUCAUGGANNAAAGUAA